AUUCCGAUUCCGAAGCGGGAUCGGACGUCUGAUGCAACCUAGUCGUCUUCUCAGACUGUCUAGAAAGAAUAUCAAAAUUGCAUCUAACUCCUCCUUUUCCCUUUCUCCCCCAAUUGACAUCUUUCUAGGGUUUCGUAUCUCGCUCUUCCUCGAGGAAUCGAUCUUCUGCAAAAACAGGGGUGGUUAAGCAAUGGGGAAGAGGAAGUCAAGGGCAAAGCCUGCUACAACGAAGCGAAUGGACAAGCUUGACACUGUCUUUAGCUGUCCUUUUUGCAACCACGGCUCUAGUGUCGAAUGCCAAAUUAAUAUGAAGGAGAUGAUUGGUAUUGCCACUUGUAGAAUCUGUGAAGAAAGCUUUAGCACUACUAUCACAGCUUUGAGUGAAGCUAUAGACAUCUACAGCGAAUGGAUUGAUGAGUGUGAGAGGGUCAAUACUGUGGAAGAUGAUGUUGAACAAGAAGAGGAAGUAGAGGAAGAAGAAGUAUAUGAAGAAGAAGAAGAAGAAGAAGAAGAAGUGGAGGAAGAGGAUGAUGAAGAUGCACGUGUGUCUGUUAAAAGGAAGUUUAACUACCGAGACGAUUGAUCUUUAUUGAAAACCAUGCAAGUCCUUUUAGACAUUGCCCUUAUGUUGUAAUAUCUACUGACACUCGUUGUUGUCUAUCACCAUCGUUUCCUUUUGUUUUACAUUUACUGAAACAGUAAUCUCAGCUCUGUACACAUAAAACCUAACCAAGAUCGAGAAGGAGAUGAGGUUAGUCAA